AUGCCCUUCACAAUGCUGCUUCAAAUACAAGUCUAUCCUCCAAGUGACAUGGUAUUUGCAACACCUAAGAAACAAAUGCACCGAGCAAGGCUCGGCUAUAAUCAGUUAACGGGUGGCGCGGGCCGGCAUGGUACUGUGAUACUCACCGUUUUCAUUGGGUUCAUCGUGCUCGCCGUCGUUUGGCACACCUCCCCGAUCCUUCAACUUCUCUCCAGGCUUCGCGGUCGCUUUAGCAAGGCGGACAAUCCUGGAGUUCGACGCGAGAAUGAAGAUAUAGCGCCAACAACGAUUAUCCAAUUGCUCCCAAGUGACUCUGAGCAUGACGAAGAACCUCUGAGGGUGAUUCGCCUUCCGAUACUGUCGAAACCCAGCUACAGUCCGUUCUGGAUUACUGAUCCCCCUCCUUCGUCAUUCCAUAAUCCAACACUCUGUUCGCCCGGGAAUGAAGUAAUCCCCACUAUCGAUUACAACGACCGUCGAAACAACUCCCGCACUUUCGAACUAUUUAUUCCACAAGAAAUUGCAGACCUGAUUGUAGACGAAGUUGCCAAUUUCGAGGACGCGAAAGAACGUCAGCGCGGGUUGUCCGUCAUUUCGCAGGUCGCCCUUGUCUUUUAUCCUCGCACUCGCAAGCACCUUUUUUCGAAACAUUGGAGAGUGAAUCAAAGCCCCUCAUCCUCAUCCAAUAGCCGACUAGACAACCUCUUCCAGCUUGACAACCUCAAUCCAUUUCCACGUUCGAUCGCGUUCACGUCUUAUAUUCGCUCCAUCGCCAUUUCCUAUCGUUCUGACUUCUCGGCCAGCGACGACACCAAGAAAGAACAUAGCAGGAAGCUCGCUUCUCUUCUGGACAGCCUCCACAAUACCGACCGUGGUGUUGAGCGAUUCUCGAUCGAGUUUUACGAUCAACGCAUCUCAAUGGGUUCACUCGAUUGGUACAGCCUCGGCGGAGACUUCCAUUACGCGUUUCUCAACUUCGUUCGUUCCCCUUUCCUUCAAGAGCUACGAAUCGACAAUUUCGUCAACGUGCGGCGCGACUUCAUGAGCAAAUCGUCGGUUAAACGUUUGGUGCUGCGAAAUUUCGGUCUCCAAGAAAUACGGGGUGCACAGGGGGACCGAGUACCCUUCCCUACCGAGUUGGAAUCCUUAGACUACGAAGAAUCGUUCGCCUUGCGUCGUUUCUUCGCUCCGUCCCCUCAUGCGUCGAGCGAUAGUCCGAGAUGCAGCGCUCGGAACCUGUCGGUGGCAUUGCAUACGGGAUUUGGACUGGAGGAAGUACAGACGGCGCUCUCAGAAUCAACUUUCUCUUCAGUCGAACAGCUCAACAUAAAGUUCAAUACUUCGUUUUCUGACACGACUCUCAACUUUUCUCAAUUCACCAACCUCCGCCGACUUAGCAUAACCGCAGGCGACGCCAACCCGUUCUACAACGAUCUUUGGGUGGUGCAAGAUAUAUCUGAGCUGCUUCAAUCACGCACGCCGGUUCUUCCAACUCUCGAAAGGCUCGUCAUUACGUUCAUUUCUGGAUAUCUUUUCCAAUACGAAGGCCCUAUGGACGGACAGCUUUCCUCAUUUCGGGAUGCCACGCCUAAGUUCGCGAAAUUGGACGACGCGCUCAGUCGACCCGACGUGAUUACUAUUCCCAAUAUAACUUUGGUGUUUCCUUUGGCCAUUUUUCCAAUUGGAAAUUACCAGGAAGAGGUGGGAUCAGAGGAAAGAGAACGGUUCGGAAAAGAGCUAGAGACCUUCGUGCGAUUGGCCCUUCCGAAGACUGACGACAUCAAGUCCAGGAAGCUCUCGAUUAUUGCUGUGGCGAAUCCCAAAACAGGAAUGGGGAUAACCCAGGAUACGUGA